CCAUAUAAACAAAUCCACAAAUGUAGGGUCAUGACCCCUUCACAAUUAACACAAAAAAAUCUUUAAUAGCUUUAGAUCUUUAUGGGGAUUUGAUUUGAUAAACCCACUUCUCCACGUGUUCAUCACCAUCUUUCUAUCCUCAGUUCUUGAUCACAAUUCUUCUUCUGUCAGACUCUCUCUCUUUCUAAAGCUUUACAAAUCAAGAGUUUUGAUACAUUUUCAAGAUUCUGUAAUGGAUACUCUGCGUGUGCUCAAUUGUUACUCUGCCACCAAGAAUCCUUCAUCUUUAGAAACCCAUUUAUCAAGGGAAGAAUUCAGAUUCUUUCGUCACAAUAACCGGCAAAGAACUUUUCGCCUUCUGGGGUUUUCUAAGCCGGUAUUUACUGGCCAUAAUUUGGGAUUUCAACACCAAUCGUUUCCCAUUGUUUGUGCUGUCUCCACCCAAACCAGAGAAGGGGAGACAGGGGAAAAAGAGAUGAAGUCGAAGGCACUUCGUGGGAUGGUGCAGCUGAAUCUCCGGUUAGACCACCAGGUUAAAUUCGGUGAGCACGUUGGAGUCUUGGGCUCGACGAAAGAAUUCGGUUCAUGGAAAAAGAAGAAACAGUUAAACUGGACGGAAACCGGUUGGGUAUGCAACAUGGAAUGUAAAGGUGGCGAGACUAUCGAGUUCAAGUUCGUUGUUGAACAAACAGACAAAAGCAUGAUUUGGGAAGGUGGGGAUAACCGCGUAUUGAAGCUCCCACAAUCCGGGAGUUACGAGAUCGUUUUUCAUUGGAAUAUGACUAAUGAGCCUCUGAAUCUGUUGCCUUUGGAUAGCAAUGAAUAUGAGGUGGAAGUGGAAAGUGUAGAUGAGAAAAAAGACGAUAACGGGUCUCUAGUUGUAGAGGGUGCAACGAGCCCGUUUGUGGAUAAAUGGCAAGGGAAAGAAGCAUCGUUCAUGCAAUCAAAUGAGCACGGAAAUAGAGAAAGAGAGAGACACUGGGAUACCUCUGGGCUUGAAGGGGUGGCGUUAAAGUUGGUUGAAGGUGAUAAAAGCGGCAGGAAUUGGUGGCGAAAGCUUGAAGUUAUUCGUGAUCUAGUGGUUGAAAGUAAGGAUGGGGCCGAACGUUUGGAUGCUCUCAUAUAUUCAGCCAUUUAUCUUAAGUGGAUAAAUACGGGUCAAAUUCCUUGUUUUGAGGAUGGGGGUCAUCACAGGCCAAAUAGGCAUGCGGAAAUUUCUAGGUUUAUAUUCCGGGAAUUGGAAAGAAUAUCUAGUAGGAAAGAUACUUCCCCACAGGAGCUACUUGUAAUCCGAAAAAUUCAUCCAUGCUUACCAUCGUUUAAAGCAGAAUUCACUGCAUCUGUUCCUUUAACUCGAAUACGAGACAUUGCUCACAGAAACGAUAUCCCACAUAACCUCAAGCAAGAAAUCAAACAUACGAUACAGAACAAGCUUCAUAGGUGUGCGGGCCCCGAAGAUCUAAUCGCAACUGCCGCAAUGCUUGAAAGAAUCACCAAGAAACCAGGAGAAUACAACGAAGCAUUUGUCGAACAGUUCAAAAUAUUCCAUCAUGAACUUAAGGAUUUCUUCAAUGCUGGAAGCCUUACUGAACAACUUGAUUCGAUUAAAGAAUCUUUUGACGAAAAGGGUAAGUCAAGACUAUCAUCAUUCUUGGAUUGCAAGAAGGCUUUGGACAAUUUCCAAGGUACACCUGAUAUUUUGAAGGGCAAUGGGAUAGAAAUAUUAAUCAAUACCAUACAAUCGUUAAAUGGUCUUAGAGAGAUAAUCACAAAAGGUCUAGAAAGUGGUAUCCGUAAUGACGCCCCUGAUACUGCAAUAGCAAUACGCCAAAAGUGGCGUCUAGCUGAGAUUGGACUUGAGGACUAUGCAUUUGUUCUAAUGAGUAGAUAUCUCAAUGCACUUGAAGCUGCUGGCGGAGCGCAAUAUCUUGCAGAGAAAGUUAGUUCAAAAAAUGUUAACUCAUGGAAUGACCCGAUUGGUGCCCUUGUUGUCGGCAUUCGUCAGCUAGGGUUAUCCGGUUGGAAAUUAGAAGAAUGUAAAGCAAUUGAAAAUGAACUUCUUGCUUGGCAAGAAAAAGGUCUUUCGGAGAAAGAAGGUAGUGAAGAUGGGAAGACAAUAUGGGCAUUAAGGAUUAAAGCCACGUUAGAUAGAUCUAAGAGGCUCAUUGAUGAAUACUCCGAAGCACUUCUGCAAAUUUUCCCUCCGAAAGUUGAGCUGUUGGGCAAAGCUCUUGGAAUCCCGGAGAAUAGUGUGAGAACAUUCACCGAAGCAGAGAUACGUGCGGGUAUAAUUUUUCAGGUUUCCAAACUCUGCACUAUGCUUCUAAAGGCGGUUCGGACCACACUCGGGUCUCAAGGUUUUGAUGUUCUUGUUCCUGGGUUGGCUCAUGGAACUUUGAUACAGGUUGAAAAAAUAAUACCAGGUGCACUGCCAUCAUCUGUUGAGGGACCCGUUAUUCUUGUCGUCAACAAAGCCGAUGGUGAUGAGGAGGUAACAGCUGCAGGGAACAACAUAGUGGGAGUUAUUCUGCUCCAAGAGUUGCCUCAUUUAUCUCAUCUUGGUGUCAGGGCCCGACAAGAGAAAGUUGCGUUUGUGACAUGUGAAGAUGAUGACAAAAUUGCCACUAUUAAAAAGCUUGAGGGGAAGUAUGUGAGGUUAGACGCAUCCCCAUCGGGCGUAAAUGUGAUUCCGUCCACGUUGGAGGACGGAAAUAGUAAUCUUGUUGUGAAGACUUCAUCAGAUGAGACACCGACGGAUUCUGUUCCUAAGCCAAUCUACUCAAGCCAGGGUGUUUCUACCGGCGACAUUAUAGCACUUGCUGACGCAGAUGUACAAACCUCGGGUGCAAAGGCAGCUGCUUGUGGCACCUUAGCUUCUCUGGCUGCAGUUUCUGCUAAAGUUUAUAGCGAUCAGGGAGUUCCAGCAUCGUUUAAUGUCCCAAACGGGGCGGUGAUUCCUUUCGGUACCAUGGAACUUGCAAUAGAAGCAAACAAGUCAACGGAAGUUUUUGUUUCCUUACUGGAACAGCUCGAAACAGCCAAAAUGGACGGUGGCGUGCUCGACAAAUUGUGUACCGAGCUGCAAAAUUUAAUCAGCUCCCUGCAACUUCCGACCCAAAUUCUUGAAAGUUUAGGGAAACUGUUCGAAAAGGAUGCUCGUUUAAUUGUCCGUUCAAGUGCUAAUGUAGAGGAUUUGGCUGGAAUGUCGGCUGCCGGACUGUACGACUCAAUUCCCAAUGUCACCCUUUCGAAUCCUGUGAAUUUCGGAAAGGCUGUUUGUCGGGUAUGGGCUUCUUUGUACACUCGAAGAGCGGUUUUGAGCCGUAGGGUUGCUGGCGUGCCACAAAAGGCGGCUACGAUGGCGGUUUUGGUCCAGGAGAUGCUUUCACCGGAUCUUUCGUUUGUGUUGCACACCGUGAGCCCGACAGACAACGACACUAACUUGGUGGAAGCGGAGAUUGCACCUGGGCUAGGGGAAACGCUAGCGGCUGGCACGAGAGGCACACCGUGGCGGCUUUGUUCUGGGAAGUUUGAUGGGGUGGUUCGAACACUGGCAUUUGCGAAUUUUAGUGAAGAGAUGGUGGUGGGUGGUAUGGUGGAUGGGGAGGUGGUUCAUUUGACAGUUGACUAUAGCAAGAAGCCAUUGACUGUGAACCCUGUUUUCCGGCAACAGUUGGGGCAGAAGCUCGGUGCCGUGGGUCUGUUCCUUGAGCGGAAGUUCGGGUGCGCUCAGGAUGUGGAAGGAUGUGUGGUUGGUAAAGACGUGUUCAUCGUUCAGACUCGACCUCAACCAUUGUGAAGACUUAUGGUUUGUAACGGUGUGUGUAUUUAAGGUGAUUAUGAAGUUAUCAAACUACAACACUAGUCAUGUAAUAAUGUAAUAGAAUAAUCAUAAUGAGUAGAAGUAUCACAGUUGUUAUUUA